AUGGCUUCGAGAGGCAUGCCACUGGAUACUGCUGCUAUAUUUUCAACCACGAUGGAAGGAAUCUUAUAUGGCUUUUCAGUCCUCAUGUUUAUUGGUACCAUGUGGGCAUUGACCUACAGACGUCGUGUGAACGAGAUUCAUCGCCCAAAUGUUGUGGUGGCAUGCAUGCUGCUGAUCCUAAGUACUGCACACAUGAUAGUAGACUUCAUUCGUGCUGAACAGGGACUGGUCACCUAUCGUAAUACAUUCCCAGGGGGACCAGAGGCAUUCUUUGCAGAUGUUGCCCAAAUCACAUUUAUGGUCAAGAAUAUACUAUAUACCUCGCAGACAAUGCUUGGCGAUGGAAUGGUGAUUUAUCGCUGUUACGUUGUCUGGCAAUCUGUGUGGGUUAUUAUUGUACCGAGUUUGUUGUGGUUCGGUAUGGCAGUGUCCGGCUUUGGUGCAGUCUACAGUUUUUCAAAAGCAACUAGCGAUGCUGGAGACAUUUUCGCCAAAUCAACUGGUCCAUGGAUCAUGACCUUCUAUGCCAUGACACUUGGAAGUAAUUUAUCGGCUUCAGGAUCUCUGGCAUAUCGGAUCUGGAGGAUGGAAUGUGAUGUCUCCGCACUUCGCGCUACGAAGAGCUCUAUGAUGCCAAUAGUGCGCGUGCUUGCAGAUUCCGCUAUUCUGUACUCUGUGACGCUCUUGUCGACAUUAAUAUGUUUCGUCAAAGCGAACAACGGACAAUACGUCGUACUAGACAUGAUUACGCCGAUCAUCUCUAUUACCUUCUAUAUGAUUAUUAUCCGAAUAGCAAUGAAGAAAACAACUUCAAGUCAUAGUUAUCUCUCGACUGUCAGGGUAGCCAACGAGAUGGCACGAGAAACACAGCAGCGAUAUGAUGUCAAGCGUACCCCAGUGGAGGUGCACAUAACGCAAAUCACACACCAGGACGAUAACGAUAACGAUACCUGCAAAUCGGCAUGCUGA